AAUAUCUCUCUCUCUCUCUCAAAGAGUCUGGGCAAAAAAGCAAAAAAAAAAAAGAAAAGAAAAAAGGAAAUUUACUUACAUUUAAGAUAUCAUUUAACAUUAAAUCUCUCCAUUGGAUCUGUUCCAACGAGCAAUCUCUCUUUGUGUAAUUACAACUUAAAACAAAAAAAAAUUGAAACUUUAUUCUUUCUCUCUAGUCUCUACCUCUCUUCUUCUUCUUCUUCUUCUUCUUCUCUUUGUGUCAUUUCUUACCCAGAUAAACAAAAACAAGGAUUGCAAAAUUUGUUACUUUCGAUGAUCGUGUAACACUUGAUCUUUUAAUAUUAUUUUUUUUGCCCUUGUACUGUUUGUUGUUCUUGUUGAUCAUCGUGAUCAUCGUCUUCUUCUUACAUGCGACCCAUGUCUUCUGACGAAACUCAGCAUCUUCAAAGCUCUCUUGUCUCUAUUCCAUCUUCCGACAAUCUUCAAGAUGCCUUUACGAAGCUGAAAGUAAAUGACAACGACGUGGCGGAAUCAAAGCCGUACCCUGAUCGUCCCGGUGAAAGAGAUUGCCAAUUCUAUUUAAGAACUGGUCUCUGUGGCUAUGGUAGCAGUUGCCGUUACAAUCAUCCUACCAAUCUUCCGCAGGGUGUUGCUUAUUACAAGGAGGAGCUCCCUGAGAGAAUUGGACAGCCGGAUUGCGAGUAUUUUCUCAAGACAGGAGCUUGUAAGUACGGCUCAACUUGUAAAUAUCAUCACCCAAAGGACAGGAACGGUGCAGAACCUGUAUUGUUCAAUGUUAUUGGUCUACCUAUGCGUAAGGGUGCGAAGCCAUGUCCAUAUUACCUGCGAACGGGAACUUGCAGAUUUGGAGUUGCUUGCAAGUUCCACCAUCCUCAUCUUGAUAAUGGACAUUCUACUGCAUAUGAAAUGCCUAGCUUUCCUUCUACAGGUUUACAGUAUGCUAGUGGAUUAACAAUGAUGUCUACAUAUGGAACUUUGCCUCGCCAGCAAGUUCCUCAGUCCUAUGUUCCAAUCAUGAUACCACCCUCUCAAGGCCUUCUACCUCCCCAAGGCUGGGGCACUUACAUGGCUGCAUCUAACCCCAUGUAUAAUGUGAAGAACCAACAUUAUUACUCUGGUUCUAGCGCAUCCGUGCCCGUGGCUGUGCAAUUGAACCCUGGCUUGCCUGAAAGUUGUGAUCAACCAGAAUGUCGGUUCUUUAUGAACACGGGGACAUGUAAAUAUGGAGACGAUUGCAAAUACAAUCAUCCUAGAGUAAGGAUGUCACCACCACUACCAAGUCUUAUAAACCCUUUUGUUCUUCCAGCGAGACCUGGACAACCAGCUUGUGGUAACUUCAGGUCCUAUGGAUUCUGCAAGUUUGGACCAAAUUGCAAAUUCGACCACCCGAUGCUGCCAUAUCCCGGCUUGAGCAUGCCUUCGUCUCUGGCUACUCCGUAUGCUUCACCUGUCUCAACCCAUGAAAGGAUCUCAAGCCGCUCUGAUUCAAAGUCUCUUUCGAAUGGUAAACCUGAUGUGAAGAAGCAAAGCUCGGAGACUGACAAACCGGACUAUGAUUCUGAACAAUUGGAUAACUCAGAAGUACAUGAUUUGUCUGAGAAUUCGUCAUCAACAUGAGCAUGAUUCAUGAUCACAACAUUGAUCAUCAGCGAUAUUGCUAAAUCACCCCCACUCAGGACCUCAGUGAUCUCUCUCUCUGUGGCCUUUUUGUUAAUUUAAUUUUCUUGAAGAGGAAGGGAGGUGAAAAGUAUCUUUUUAUUUUGGCUUAUUUUUCUUUGGAGAUGGUCAUGGUGAUGUUACAAUUUUAUCGUCUGUUUUGGACUCUGUUAAUAAAUUUUACAUCUCAGGAAAAAUAGACUCUGUGACACUGACAACAAACUCUUUAUGAAUGAUAAUUGAAAGUUUGAAACUA